AUGCAAGACUCCCUUGACGUCGCGAAACUACAACAAACGCAGUGCAAUCUCCCUCACGAAUCUGACACUGGCAAAAUUCUUGCCAUUCUCAUCACCGUCUAUGUCACGGCCGUCAUUGCGAUUGUCUUGCGGCUUAUUGCGAAAAAUUUGGCAAAGACGUGGAGUCUAGACGAUGCGUUGAUUAUUGCGGCCAUUGUCAUUGCGAUUGCCCCAGUAUCUGCAAUCAUUCUGAGAUUUGGGAAGCAUCUUUACGACCUCAAAUCGGGUGGUCUACUGCAGAUUCUACGACUCCUGUACGCCGCCGAGAUUGUAUACGUCUUUGUACUCUUGUUCGCGAAGCUUUCCCUCGUCGUCUUUUAUCUAAGAAUCUUCACCGUGCCGAAGUUCCGCAUCGCCGCAUACACCCUGAUCGGAUUCCUUGUUGUUGGCCAGGUAGUCAUCGGCUUCCUCACCAUCUUCUCAUGUCACCCGAUAGAGUUAUUCUGGAACAAAGACAUCCACACCGGUGCCUGCCUCGACGUCAACCAACUCGCCUACGCGAACUCUGCCCUGGCUAUCAUCCAGGACCUACUCAUCCUUGCCCUCCCGAUAGCGAUGCUUCCAGGCUUGCAAAUGAACCGGAACAAGAAAAUCUCGGUCGCCAUGGUGUUCCUCCUUGGAUCCGUCGGCUUCGUUUCAACCAUUAUCCGUCUUCAGGUUCUCGCAGUGUUUGGAAACUCCAUCGACCCAACAUGGGACUACGCGCCCGUUGUAUGGUGGACGACAAUUGAGCUAGGCGUCGUGGUUGUCUGCGCCUGUGCGCCCAUGAUUCGCAACCUAGUCGAGAAGAAAUUCCCGGGCUUCGCGCUCUUCGCGAGGUGGACUACCCCGAAGCCAUCCAAGGGCAGCAGCCCAUCCUCGGACGGCAGCGUCGACAAGCCGACAAAGGCUGCUGGGCGAUAUCAGAGGUUCGGACGGAGUAACAGCCCGCCUCAAUUUAGCGAUAACUACGUCCGUGAUUACAUCACUAGUCCUAAGGGUCCCCCGGUGCCCCCAAAGGACGACCUGCCACCAUCGCGUAGGUACCGGGACAUGUACGCCUACGGUGGCUCCAAGCCCAAGGUGCUCGAGCCCUCGUCGCCGUCGCCUCAGCCAUACGACCUCUCGUGGAGGUCCAUGAACCCUUAUGGGAUUCCGAAAGAUGACCUGGAAUCAAAUAUUGGAAAGACGAACUAUAAUAUUGAUAUUGAGAUGCUGGAAAGGAAAGGGAGAGACGUGGUAGUGGCUCAAAAGGAGCUUUGCUCUCUCUGCGGGAGGGAAAGCUGCAGUCACAUGUAA